AUGGAGUUCAUCUCCGACGAAGCAUUGGCCAUCUUUGUGCCCAUCCUGGUGUACUGGGUCUACUCGGGCAUGUACAUGGCGCUUGGGCAGUCCAUGGACAGGUACAGGCUGCACCCGAGGAAGGAGGAGGACAGCAAGAACCUGGUGUCCAAGCGGGAAGUCAUCAAGGGCGUUCUCUUGCAGCAGCUUGUGCAGGCGGGAGUGGCGGCCGUCGUCUUCACGGUCACGGGAGAUAGCAGCAGGGUUUCAUCAUCAUACGAUAAUAAAGAAGCAGCACAUCAGGCAUCCUACUACCUGCUGCUGACGGUGGCACGGCAGUUCGGGGUGGCCAUGGUCGUGCUAGACGGGUGGCAGUACGCGUGGCAUAGGUACAUGCACCUGAACCGCUUCCUCUACCGGCACAUCCACUCGUGGCACCACCGCCUCGUCGUGCCCUACGCGUUCGGCUCGCAGUACAACCACCCCGUCGAGGGCCUGCUGCUCGACACGCUCGGCGGGGCGCUGGCCUUCGUCGUCUCCGGCAUGUCGCCGCGCGCCUCCAUCUUCUUCUUCUCGCUCUGCACCGUCAAGGGCGUCGACGACCACUGCGGCCUCUGGCUGCCGGGGAACCUGUUCCAUCUCUUCUUCUGGAACAACACGGCGUACCACGACGUGCACCACCAGCUGCGCGGCAGCAGGUUCAACUUUUCGCAGCCCUUCUUUGUCACCUGGGACAAGCUCUUCGGCACGCAUAUGCCGUACGUGCUGGAGGAGAGGCCGGGCGGUGGGCUUCAAGCGCGUCCCUGCUUAUUGUGCUGA